GUAAGGUUUUAGCCCAUUCGAUUUGUGUACAUACAUGGACGUCAAAAUGCUUUUUUGUGAUAUCAAUUAAAUUCUAGUUUCUUCUAGAACGUUAUAAGGAAAUAGUUUUUAGCGUAUGAAAAAUUGAUAUUAUUUUGUUAUAAUAUCGCAAUUGUCUAUGACAGUUGAUUAUAAAUUCCAGUUCCUUUACUAAUGGAUGACGAUACAAUAGCUUUUGUAGAAGAGGAUGAGACGAAUCAAAACAGCAAUAAGCUUAAGCAUCCAUAUGUCACUGCAUUUCACUUAGCCUUCCGAGUAGCAGCUGUAAUAGUCUACAUGUUUUGUGGAUUGUUUUCAAAUAGUUUUAUAGCUAGUUUCGUAACUAUUGUGUUACUCUUGUCAAUGGACUUUUGGACGGUAAAAAAUAUUACUGGAAGGUUGAUGGUUGGUCUCAGAUGGUGGAAUUACGUAGAUGACAAUGGAAAAAGUCAUUGGGUAUUUGAAUCCAGAAAGGGUAAUCAACAGAAUCGCAUCAACUCCCAAGAAGCUUGUAUAUUUUGGACAGCGUUGAUUCUGUGUCCAAUGUUGUGGUCCAUAUUUUUUAUAAUAGCCCUCUUUGGCUUAAAGAUUAAAUGGCUUCUGUUGGUGUGCAUCGCGAUUGUUCUGAAUGGUGCAAAUUUGUACGGAUACAUAAAAUGUAAAAUGGGAAAGGAACAAAAUGUUUCAGCAGCAACAGGGGAUUUCUUAAGAAGACAAGUCAUACAAAAGGUUGCAUCUAUGAUGACCAGGAGUCCACCAACAAAUAAUCCAAGUCAACCAGCCAAUAUGAUAUAAGUUAAAACUUUUUUAACGUGAUAUUAUUUAAUUGCGGUGUUACCAUAAGGAGAUCCACAUUGGAACAUUACGACUUGUGCAUACGUAUUAACGAAUAUUAUUAUAUGUAUCGAUGAAACGAUAUAAUAAAGUUGCUACUAAAAUCA